AUGGGCUUGGGAGCCGCUGUGAAACCCAAGGAGAGAAGAACAAUCCGUAUCUUUGCUGUCCUUUCGGUGCUCUCCGCUGCCGCUGGCGCCGUGCUACUCCCAACUUCCAAUGGCCCCUAUGGAGUGUCCAUGUUUGUCGAAAGCUUGACGGACGAGAGUCGCAUCGACCCUGUCGCCCCCGGGAACAAACGACACCAGCGUCAGGUCUUGAUCUCUAUAUUCCUGCCCAUCGACACCAAAAAAGUCACCUCCGAGAAGCGCACCAUUCCCUACAUGACUCCUGCAGUGGCUCAGGUGUAUGACACCCUCGCCGAGUCGAUCGGGUUGCCCAACGACACGUUCGCCUCGUUUGAGGUUGAGUCAAUCCAGAAGACAAGGGGUCAAGCUUCCAACACCAAACUCCCGCUUGUUCUGUUCUCGCCGGGCUCUGGCCAGUCGCGUCUCCUCUAUGGGGUCAUGGCCCGGUCGUUGGCCAGCGAGGGAUAUGCCGUUGUCACCGUCGACCAUCCAUACGAUGCGCCUGUCGUCGAAUUUCCCGACGGACGAAUCGUAACAAGCGUCAACGUAACAGCUGACGAUGAGGCCAUGAGUAAGGUCCGCGCUGCCGACAUGUCCUUUGUCAUUGACCAGCUUCAAACAUUGGCCAACGUCUCUCUUGAGCUGAGAAAGCACAAGGCAUCCAUCGAAUUCCGCGAAAUCGUCAUGUACGGCCACUCCCUCGGCGGUGCGACAGCCGCAGCAGCCAUGCUCUCGGACCCGCGUAUCAAAGGCGGCGUCGACCUCGACGGGCGCUUCUUCAACCCCGUCCUGAACAAGGGCCUGCGCCGUCCCUUUGCGCUGCUGGGACGGCCUGGGCAUCGGUCCGACGACGCUACCUGGCCCCAAUUCUUCUCCAAACUGCGAGGACCGCGCUUCGAGAUGGAGGUCGCCAAGACGCUGCAUGGAUCCUUUACCGAUUUCCCCGUGCUCAUUGACAGUCUGAACCUGCCGGAGCCUGCCAAGAGCAUGGCGGCGGAGCUGGUGGGAAAUAUCUCGGGCAAGAGUAUGGACGUGGUUGUCAAGGGCGUCAUGGUUCCAUUCUGCGACUUUGUGUUUGGGGGUAAGGAUGUGCCGGCCGUCUUAAAGAAGGGACAGAAGAAGAUCCCCGACUUGACCGUCCUAGCUUCUGAUGCUCGCCCUUAG